AUGACUGGCGGCAAGUCUGGUGGAAAGGCCUCUGGCGCAAAGACCUCGCAGUCUCGCUCCUCUAAGGCCGGCCUCGCAUUCCCAGUCGGUCGUGUCCACCGUCUCCUCCGCAAGGGCAACUACGCUCAGCGUGUUGGUGCUGUCGCUCCCGUCUACCUCGCUGCUGUCCUGGAGUAUCUCGCUGCCGAAGUGCUCGAGCUUGCCGGCAACGCAGCUCGCGACAACAAGAAGACCCGUAUCAUCCCCCGCCAUCUUGAGCUCGCCAUCCGCAACGACGAGGAACUCAACAAGCUGCUCGGCCACGUUAUCAUCGCCCAGGGCGGUGUCAUGCCCUACAUCCACCCCAACCUGCUGCCAAAGACCACUCCCAAAGUCGCCAGCGUCAAGGGCGGCUCCCAGGAGAUGUAA